CGGUUCAGCUCGCUCACCCCGCCGCUCCGACCCGAGUCGAUGGAGGUGCUCGCGGCGCAGGGAUUCGAGCGCGCCACCCCGGUGCAGGCCGCCGCGAUCGGGCUGCUCGCGGGUAACAAGGACGUCGCGGUGGAGGCGUGCACGGGAAGUGGCAAGACCCUCGCGUUCGUCCUCCCGAUGGUGGAGAUCCUGGCGCGCGCGUCCAAGGAGCAGUCGUUCCGUAAACAUCACGUCGGCGCGGUCGUCGUCUCCCCGACGCGCGAGCUCGCGAGACAGAUCUUCGACGUCGCCGCGCCGUUCAUGGCGACGCUACCCGACAUGGCACCGCCCAUGCUCCUCGUCGGAGGCACCGACGUCAACGAGGACGUCCGAGCGUUCGCGGCGGCCGGCGCGGCUGCGCUCAUCGGCACCCCAGGUCGCCUCGACGAUCUCAUGCUGAGGUCCAACGCGUUCGACGCCAAGCGAUGCGAGCUCCUCGUCCUCGACGAGGCGGACAGGCUCCUCAGCAUGGGUUUCGCCAGGGCCAUCAACGCCAUCAUCGCGAGGCUGCCCAAGCAGCGCCGCACCGGGCUGUUCAGCGCCACGCAGACGGAUGAGGUUGAGGAACUGGCCCGAGCGGGGCUUCGCAACCCCGUGAGGGUCACGGUGAGGGACUCCGCGGCGCAGGCGGCGGCGAACGCGGCGAAAGCGUCGGGUCUGCCCGCAAACUCCGCGGCGGCGCGGGGUAAGCUCCCGGCGCAGCUCAAGCUGCUGUACAAGGUGUGCAAGGUCGACGAGAGGCUCUGGCGUCUCCGAGAGUUCCUCAAGGAAAACGCGGACAAGAAGACCAUCGUCUACUUUCUCACCUGCGCGUGCGUCGACUACUUCGCCACCGCCAUGUGCGACGGCGCGCCCGCGUCCCCCGGCGACGACGUCGACGUCGUGGCGCUGCACGGCAAGAUGAAGCAGUCGCAGCGCGAGCAGGCGCUCGGUCGGUUCGCGGCGGGCGCGGGGGGAUGUUUGCUGUGCACCGACGUGGCGGCGAGGGGUUUGGACAUCCCGGGCGUCGACUGGGUCGUCCAGUUCGACGCGCCGCAGGACCCGGCGGCGUUCGUGCACAGGGUCGGGCGCACCGCGCGGAUGGGACGGGACGGCAGCGCGCUGCUGUUCCUGUCGCCGCACGAGUCGUCGUACGUUGAGUUUCUGAGGGUGCGGCACAUACACCUGCGGGAGGAGGGGUCCGACGAGGACGCCGCGGACACGGAGGCUGUCGAGGGCGGCAACCGGCUCUGCGACGAGCUCCGCGCCAGGUCCGAGAAGAACCGCGAGGCGAUGGAGAAGGGCGUACGCGCGUUUGUCUCGUACCUGCGGGGGUACAAGGAGCACCACUGCCGCUUCAUCUUCAGGUUCAAGGAACUCGAGCUCGCGCGCCUGGCCCGCUCGCUCGGGCUCCUACGGCUGCCGCGGAUGAAGGAGAUUCGCAAGGCGCCCAAGUCUUCGCUCAAGGGUUUCACCGAGUCGUCUGUGAACCCGGACGCUGUGCCGUUUGAGGACAGGGCGCGAGAGAAGCAGCGGCAGCGCGCGCUCGCCGAGGAGGCUGCGAGACGA